AUGUCUCACAUUGGAAUUCGCCCUGGCGGCGUUUAUUUGGAUGGAACGUUUGGCCUGGGCGGCCACGCCGCGGCGCUUCUCCGUUUGGACGGGUCCGUGAAGGUGAUAGGCUUAGAUAGGGAUCCCUGCGUCUUGGAGAGAGCCUACCAGCUCAACGCUGAGUUGUUAGAAUAUAGGCGGUUGGGGAGGCUUCGGACCGUGAAUGGUCGGCUGUCACAGAUGCUCGGCCUAUUUUCGGAGCACGUUGGAAAGCUGGAUGGGAUUUUGAUGGAUCUUGGCGUGUGCAGCGUCCAAAUUGACACGGCGUCAAGAGGUUUUUCGUACCGCAAGAGUUUGGAUGCGCCUCUGGAUAUGAGGAUGAAUCAAAGCGAGCAGAUUCCUACGGCGGCCGACAUCGUCAACAAGUUCACGGAGAGAGAUCUUGCUGACUUGAUUUACCGCUACGGUGAGGAGAGGAGGAGUUUCAGCAUAGCGAAGAGGAUCGUCGACCAGAGGCGAGAGAAGCCCAUUGAAAGCACAUGGGAACUCGCUCAGAUCGUCGACCGCGCCUAUCCUAGAGCGAAGGGGCGCGCGAGUGCUGCAGAGCGUAUCGCGGAUCGAGUGAAGCGGACCUUUCAGGCGAUACGGAUUCAAGUUAACGACGAGCUAGAAGAGCUGAAAAAGGCCCUUUUUUCAGCGGAAAGGCUGCUUCGUCCAGGAGGGGUUUUGAUCGUCAUUACUUUCCACUCUCUUGAGGACGGGAUCGUCAAGGGCUUCUUCAACAGAGCAAGCGGCAGACCAGCGGAGUCGGAGCUGAGUCCGGAAGUCCAAAAUGUACUGAGCCAAGUGGAGGGGCCCGUGCGCUUGGUCAGAACAUUCGACAACAUCCAGAAGAUAACGAAGGUCAGCAAAGAAGAAGCGAGCGAGAAUAAGAGGGCGCGAUCGGCCAAACUGAGAGUCGGUGUCAGAACAAGCCACCCUUCGGCAACUAUUUUGACACAUUGCGAAAAUUCCAAGGCGCCCCUCGCCCGAAAAGGCGUCACGUUCCCGUUUUUCUGA